UUGUCGCAUCGCGGCGCUUUUAUUUUAAAUAUUUCAGACCGGAUGUGACGUCACGCACGCAGCCUAACCUAGUUAGUGAAGCUUCAACAACAAUCCCUAUGGACGAAGAAAACUGCGCUGAAAUCACCAACACAGGCGUGCGGCUGCCCCUGGCGUCUCUGCGGCUGCUGGUCCCGCCGCUGCACCUCAUGUCUGCCUUCAUGUGGCAGGUGCUGCAGCAGAGGAGCGUGAUGCAUUAUGGGAGGCUGGAGGAGUUUGUCUCCAUGGUGACGGAGACUCUGCCGCAGCUGCUGGGAUACAGGCGGAGAUGUCAGCUGAUGCUGGGCCUGAGAGCAAGGAUGGUUCUGGAGUUGUGCCGCAGCCCGGCGGAUCUCAGAAUCAUGCAGUCUCAUCUGGACCGAUUACAGCUUCCUGCCGCGGCGCCUGGAGAGCCGGCUCCUGACGCUGAUCUCAGAACCUGCGUUGUUAAUUUUAAAGCGUUGGUUCUGGCGCUGCUGAAAGACCCGGUUGAGAAAGCUUAUUUCUUCCAGGAAGUGUUUCCUUUGGAAUAUGGUGCUGGAUUCGACACGGCGCUGAAGGAACUGAUGUGGGAUCUGCUGUCUGGCCUGGAGAAACUGCUUCCUGUGCCGCAUUUCAAACAGACGUUGUCAUGGCUCAAUCCUGCCCCCGCUGGCCUGGAGGAGUGUAUGCGGACCGACCCGAACGACCUGCACCUGCUUCUGCAGCAUCAUCAGCUGUUCGGAGGCGCAGAAACACAGAGCUGGCAGAAAGGUGCUCCUCGCUCCUCCGCCGAUUGUAUCGUCUCCUCUCUGUCCGUCCCUCCGUCGGCUCGGGUGGCUCUGUCCUCGGAGCAGGUGCUGUACCACAUCCAGCCGCUGAGUCCGUCCGCGCUGACCUCCGACACCAUCAUCGUCACGGACUACACCGAGGUGGAGCUGAGCAGUCAGGAGGAGCCCGAGGAGAAGCUGGAGGAGCUGCUGGAGGACGAGCCUCCUGCUGCCGAUCCUGCGCUCUUCACUGACACACCAGCGCAAGCUGACACGUCACAUGAUGCCGCUGCCGCCGCAACAACGCCCCAUGAUGACACGAGCGCCGCGACGAACCCGCCUGACGACGGUCUACAGGUGGAUGAAUCCGACCAGCUGAACGCCACGGACGAGACAGACAGGCCUGACGCUCGUCCUGAGGCAGGAAGUGACAUCACAUCACCGCAGGACAUCCAAGAGUCCAUAUCAGACGUUACCCAGAAACCCCCGGCGCGGAGAGGGCGAGGAAGACCCAGGAAAAGUACAGAGUCCACAGAGAAAAAAAUCACGGUAAAAACGCCCCGUCGACGGGAACGAGCCGCAUCGGUCAAACCGGAGGAACGGAGUGACGUCACGCCACAUGAAGACUGUAAAGACGCCUCCGACAGCAGACCUGAAACUCCUCCCGGCGGACCGGAACCUUCUACUGGCCCGCAUCGCACGCGCAAAACCGAGCCGCUGGCCGCCGACAACCCUCGCGCUCGGCACGCGUGCGACACCUGCGGCAGGAAGUUCACCCGCCGGUCGGACGUGCAGCGGCACCAGCUGACGCACACGGGCGAGCGGCCCUUCCACUGCAGCCAGUGCGAGAAGACCUUCCAGCACGCCUGGGACUUGACCAAACACUGCCGCAAGAUGCACGGCGAGGCCGGCUUCACCUGCCGCGUCUGCCAGAGCGCCUUCGCCAACCUGCGCGUGCUGACGGCGCACCACAAGAAGAGCCACGGCGGCGAGCUGCCGCACUACUGCUCCAUCUGCGGCGAGGCCAGCGCCACCCUCCCCGCCCUCGUGCAGCACCGCAAGAGCCACAGCGCCACGCAGCAGUACCGCUGCCAGCAGUGCGGCGAGGGCUUCGACACGCUGCUGCAGAGAUCCCUGCACCGGCAGAGCCACCGCCGGCGCCACCAGUUCAAGUGCCCGCAGUGCGAGAAGACCUUCACGCGCCGCACGGACGUCAAGAGGCACCAGCUGAGCCACACGGGCGAGCGGCCGCACCAGUGCUCGCUCUGCGGGAAGCGCUUCGGCCUCCGCGCCGGCCUCCAGAAGCACCUGGUGACGCACACGGGCGAGCGGCCGUUCCAGUGCCCUCACUGCAGGAAGAGCUUCACGCAGCUGUCCAUCCUGCGGCGGCACGAGCGCAUGCACACGGGCGAGCGGCCCUACCUCUGCUCGCAGUGCGGCAAGCGCUUCCUGUCGCUCGGGGAGCUGAUCAAGCACGACAAGACGCACGCGGAGGACCGGCCGCACUCCUGCCCGCAGUGCCACAAGGCCUUCAAGUUCAAGCGAGCGCUGCAGGAGCAUCUGCUGUCCCACAGCGGCGCCCGGCCGUACCCCUGCAGCUACUGUGGCAAGAUGUUCGCCAAGCCCUUCGCGCUCAACAGACACCACCUGAUCCACACGGGCGAGCGGCCGUUCUCCUGCGCCCACUGCGAGCGCACCUUCCUCACCACCACCGAGCUGGCGCUGCACGAGCGCAUCCACACGGGCGAGCGGCCCUUCUGCUGCGCCGUCUGUCCCAGGAAGUUCCGCAGCUCCUCGGAGUUGGCGCGGCACCGGCGCAGUCACUCGGACCAGCGGCCCUACAGCUGCGGCUACUGUCCCAAAGCCUACGCCAGCGCCGCCAAGCUCAAGAACCACACCAGGAUCCACACGGGCGAGAGCAAACCCAAACGCCCCGUCGCCGUCGCGGAGGUGAGCGUCGUUUUAUCGUAGAGGAGAUCGCUGCGUUUCUCUGUGACUGGAGUGACUUCUGUUGACCUGACUGCACCGAUUCAACACCGAUCGUUACGGAUGAAGAGUUUUUAUACGAACAUGUUCGUUAUCUUUAGUUCUCAACUCAAAUAGUGAUACUUUGAUUUUUGGGUGAACGAUUCCUGCAAGGUUCAGUCACCAUUUACUCUCCCUCAAGUCAUUCAAACACACAAGACUUUUUAAUCUGAGAGAUUUCUGUCCCUCCAUUCAAACUCUGACGCUUCAAAACAUUUAUGAACGGAUGAGAAAAUAAACCAAGUCUUCUGAAGAGACUCAAUCACUGUAUACUGAUUAAUUUAAGCAUUAUUUCACAUAUAGCAUCAGAUGGACGCUCACGCACACAUCUGUUUGUUCGCUGGUCAGUGUUUGUGAGUCUCCGCUCCAUUCAUACGGGUUUAUUUUAUCAUCUGUUUAUGAAUGUUUUGAAGCGUCAGAGUUUGAAUGGAGGGACAGAAAUCUUCAUUAAAACAUCUUCAUUUGUGUUCUGAAGAUGAACAAAAGUCUUACGGGUUUGAAUGACAUGUGGGAGAGUAAAUGAUGACAGAAGUUUUAACUCUUGAAUGUCAAACUGCUGCGGGUGGAAGACGUGCCACACUUCAUGUCUUCAAACGGGUUUCUCAAACCCGUCUCUCAUUGGUCCGUCAAACAGAUAGUCCCGCCCCAAACUCACCUCAUUGGUUGUCUGGCCGCUCAUACUAACUAAUGGAUGUUGUGAAAGCAUCAGUCUACAUGAAGAUGACUGACGUACAGUGAACAUCACGCGUGUUAUAUGGACUUAUACUAUGUUUGAAUCUAACCCUCUUCCUAACAGAUCAAUGUAAGUUUAGUUAUUAAACGUUUUCCAUCAUAAACGGCAUCAGUGAAGCUGAAUGUGAGAAUAUGUCCACAAGGUGGCGCUCUAGACUGUGUCUGAAGGCUUCGGACAUUCAUGUGUUCAGUUGGUCAUUUGAAGUCUAUUUAUUGGACUUUUGUCUUAAUAUUAAAACAUCAGAAGUACUGAAACAUCUUUCUAGAUAAUAAAUACAUACACGACUAAAAAUGCAAAAGCUUCCAAUAGAAAUGUAUAAAUCAUGUGUGUCUAUUCGAAAAAGAACAAACUUUAGGAGGUGAUUUAAUCAGAAGUCAUCUUCGUUUAUUUACAGCAGCGCUUUGUGUUUUCAGGCUCAAACUCACGUUGAGUUUCUUUAGUGUUUUGGAAACAGACGCCAGCAGAAAGUGUGAAUGGAAGGAAGGAAGGAAAUGAAAUGUGAAAUUAAUCUGGACUGUGUUCUCCUGAUGGAGGAAAAGAGGAGUAAAUCUGUCUGUUUAACUCUUCAUUUACCAAGAACCUGCAGAUUUAUUAAAAUCUGAACAACACA